UCGAAGAGAGGGGAAGAUCUCGCCGAUAACCGUUCGGGUUUGGAACUCAGCCACUUAGAUCAAGAUCAAAAAAAGCAAAAGAAGAAUAGAAAAGAGGAGAAGAUCUCGCCGAGAGAAGAGAGCAGAGAGAAAAGAGGAACAGAAGAGACGAAAGCAGAAACGAAAGAAGAGAGAAGAAAGAAAAGAGGGAUAGAAGAGAAAAGAAAGACGAACGGAAUAGAGGAAAGGAGAAGAUCUCGGCGACAAUAGAUCGGUUGCAAGAUAGCUGAUGUUCAGAAAAGGCAAUUUUCACGUCAUCAUCUGAGUAGGAGAAAGGAUUGGAGCAGGCGAGGCCGAUUAAAGGAAGAGGAGAAGAACUUGGUUUGAAUUCUGUUUGGAUAAAUUUUGGGUCGUCCUUUCUGUCGAUUUUGAAAGGUUUCAAAUUGAAGGGGUAUUGUUUGCGCUCCAGUUUGGGAUUUAAGUGAUCGAUUGGAAAAAGCUGAAGUUACGGUUGCUUUUUACAGAAUUUAUGCAAAAUAGUCUACAUAUCAUUUGGCUGCCACUGUUCCUUGGUCUACUGUUUAACGUUGUGUGCAUCUUUGAUUCGUAUUCAGAGCUUUGGGACAGUGUGCACUCAGUUAUGGCAUGUGAUAUCACGCACAAAAGAGGAAAAAGAAUGUUGGAACAAAAUGAUGCUGAAGGUCUAAAUCGUGAUGCAGAGAUAGAAACAAGAAACAACAGUGAGAAUUUUUAUGCCAUGAGAGGCCAAACUGAUAGUGGGGAUUUUGGUACAGAGGGAAUGCAUCAAAGAAGAUCAAGAAGACCAAGACGUGUUACUGAACCUGGAAUAACAGAGGAAAAAUACACUUCUAAACAGUUGAAUAGAAGAUCAAGAGGGCGAAGACAUGUUGCUGAACCUGCAGUAACAGAAAAAAAUGACAGCUCUGAACACUUGAUUAGAAGAGUUGAACCUGCUGAAGAAAAUAACACUCUGUUGUUGAAUCAAACUUUUGUUAACAGUGAACAUUCGCAUGUUAGUCAUACAGGUCACUGUUCGUUCUCAUUCGGUCAGGCAUCAUAUCAGAAAAGUAGAGCAGGAUUGAUUAUGAGAUAUGAAGAUUUGGGUGAUAAUAUUCAUGAAUGCAAUUAUUGCAAUGCGAAUUUUUGGUCUAGAGAGGCUCUUAAACAAUCAUCUUCAAAUGCACCUCUCAUUUAUACAAAUUGCUGUCAAAAAGGUCAAAUCCAAGUUCAGUCAUCAAAAGAAGCUCCAUAUUUUCUUGAACAAUUAUUAGAUCCAAAUAAUGACUCAAAUAGCAGAGUAUUUAGAGAGAAUAUUAGAGUCUAUAAUUCAAUGUUUUCUUUUACAUCAAUGGGAGCAGCAAUUGAUAAAAAUAUUAACAUUGGUUCAGGUCCCUAUGUUUUUAAGAUAAGUGGGCAAGUACACCAUUUAAUGGGUUCUGUUUUACCUUCUGAUGGAGAAUGUCCUAAAUUUGCUCAGCUAUACAUAUAUGAUACAAAAAAUGAGAUUUCAAAUCGGAUUAAUGCUAUUGAUCCUACUCAUGUUAAUACGAAAAUUAAGCCAGAUAUUGUACAAGGACUGAUAAAAAUGUUUGAUGAAAACAAUGAUUUAGUAAAAGAAUUUCGAACAAUGAGAAACAAGUUUGAAGCUCAUUCUUUAUCUUCGUUUAAUAUGACUAUACUUGAUCAUCAACCUACUGAUAGUAAACAAUAUGAACAGCCAACAAGUGAAGAAAUUGGUGGUUUAAUAGUUGGUGACAUUGGACAAUUUGAUUCAAAUAGAGAUAUUAUUAUUCAAUCAAAUAGCGGAAAUUUACAGCGCAUUUCUAAAAGAAUAUGGUAA